CCCUUAAAAGAGACGUAUGCGACGUGUGCCAUCCAACCCCGUCCAAGCACCGAGGGGGGAGGAGAGUAGAUGGACGUAUAGAUAAGCCUAAAAAAAAUAAACAAACGACAAGGGGGGAAGGAGGAAAGGAAAUUCCCUUCUGUCGUUUCCUCUUUCUGGCGCUGCGCAGUGCUGGCGACACCUCCGGAGAGCGGUACGCAUUUUCUCCCGAUAAGAGAGGGGCAAAGCAUCCGAAGCAGGCUUUUUUGGAGCCGAUCAAAGAGGAAGCACUGCAGUCUGACAUUGCGGGUUCCUCUUUCAUUUUGAAAUCCUUUUUAAACGCACUGACGCUGGAUGAAACUCAGCCAAACCUGAUGCACCCUCCUCCAAACGAGAGUUCUGACCGAUUUAAGGAGUAUUGAUUUUCAUUUCGUCUUUUACCAAUAAUCGUGGAUUCUGGCUACAUCUUUCAUUUUUUAAUCAAUCAGAAAGAUAUCUAGUUAUUGCUGCGGGGUGAGAAAACGGCUUUCAUUGCCCGCUGAGUGUUACAUAACCGAGUGGCAUUAGCUGUCCAAGGUGCUGAACUGAAUCGGUCGGAGCCUAUAACGGGACGAGCCGAGGGGAAUUCACAACCUUGCAAGGUCACAGGCCUAUCCAUCGGGGGGAGCGGAAAGCACGGGAUAGAUCACUGAAGCACCGGGAAGAAACUGGGGUUUUCACCCAUACAUUUCCUCUAUCGUCCCGAGGUGAAACGCAUUCCUGAGGUGGUCGAUUCAGCGGAGAAAAAAUGUCGGGGCAGACGCUCACGGAUCGCAUUGCCGCUGCGCAAUACCAGCUAACGGGAUCAGAUAUGGCCCGAGCUGUGUGCAAAGCCACCACUCAUGAAGUGAUGCCGCCCAAGAAAAAGCACCUGGAGUAUUUGGUGUCAGCCACCAACACCACCAAUGUGAACAUCCCUCAGAUGGCCGACACGCUGUUUGAGCGAGCCACCAACGCCAGCUGGGUGGUCGUCUUUAAGGCGCUUGUCACCACCCAUCACAUGUGUGUCCACGGCAAUGAGAGGUUCAUUCAGUAUUUGGCCUCCAGGACCUCCCUGUUCAACCUCAGCAACUUUAUUGACAAAACCGGCUCUCACGGCUAUGACAUGUCUACAUUCAUCAGACGGUAUGGGCGAUACCUGAAUGAGAAAGCCUUUGCUUAUCGUCAGAUGGCUUUUGAUUUCACCAGAGUCAAGAAAGGUGCUGAAGGUGUGAUGAGGACCAUGACCACUGAGAAGCUGUUGAAAGGCAUGCCCGUCCUGCAGACUCAGAUUGACACACUCCUGGAGUUUGACGUUCAUCCUAAGGAGCUGAACAAUGGGAUCAUCAAUGCUGCUUUUAUGCUUCUCUUCAAGGAUCUGGUCAAACUGUUUGCAUCCUAUAAUGACGGAAUCAUCAACCUAUUAGAGAAAUACUUCAAGAUGAAGAAGAGCGAUUGCAAGGAGGCCUUGGAGAUCUACAAGAGGUUCCUGACCAGGGUGACAAAGAUUGGGGAAUUCAUGAAGCUGGCUGAGACAGUGGGAGUUGACAAAAACGACAUUCCUGACAUUAACUACGCUCCAAGCAGCAUCCUGGAGAGUCUGGAAACACACAUGAACGGUUUGGAGGAUGUAAAGGGUGGAAAGAAGGGUGAAGGGUCUCCAACAAAGGGCUCUCCGACAAACAAUGUGUCUCCGACAUCGACCCCGGCCAAAUCUUCAAAUGCUGUUCCCACACUGCAGCCUCCUCCAGGGGAGAGUGCUGCCGCCGCCGCUGCUCCAGAGCCGGCUGAAGAUUCCUUGUUGGACCUGGAUCCACUGUCCUCCUCAGGUCCCUCAGGAGGAACAUCAGCUGCUCCCACGUCUUGGGGAGAUCUUCUUGGCUCAGAAAUGGGCGAUUCCUUGCUAUCUGAACCCACCCUCACGGCAGAGCCCGCCCCCUCCCCUGCAGCGACGCCCACUCCUGCAGCAGAACCUGGAGUCUCUCUAGCUCCUCCCACUAGCACACCAGCUGCCACCUCCCCUGGCGCCGCCAAUAUGGAUCUGUUGGGAGAUACCUUUGCAACACCUGCUCCUGCCACUGAGGCCUCUGCAGCCACCACUGAGGGUGGUGCCACCACUACGCCCGCCCCUGCCGCUAAUGCUGGAGCUGACCCCUUCGCUCCAUCGGAGGGUAGCACCACUGUGACGUCUCCAGGUCUAGACCUUUUCAGCAUGAUGACGGCUGAGAAUAAUAACCCUGGUAGUUCCCUGGAUGUCUGUUUUAGCUCUGUGGUGCCCUCCCCUUCCCCAUCCCCUUCCCCGUUUCUCACCUCCAGCACCAUCACCACCACUGCAACCAUUUCAGCUCCCAUAUCCCCCAACACCGCCAGCCCUGCGACCGACCUUUUCAGCGAUAUUUUUGAUUCUAUGCCAGACACGGGCUUCACCAAAGCAGACCCCGCUCCCAGUGCUGACUUGUUUAUGGCAGCGGAUGUGUUCAGCUCCCCUGCCCCCACACUCUCCUCAGCACCCUCACCCAAAAUUGACACUGGAGCCAUCAUGAACCUGUUUGGUGAGUCCACAGGAGGAGACGCCACAGCUGCUGCUGCUGCUGCUCCUGCUGCCGCUGCUGCCGCCGCCGCCCCUGGUGCUGAGCUUAUGUCAGUAUUUGAUGGAUUAGGAGAUGUAAUGAAGCCCACUUUGACCCCUCAGGGGGGCGAUGUUGACACCUCUAUGGCUAACAUGGCGAGUAAUCUCACAAUGGGAACCCCAGCGGCCCCUCAGACCGUACCCAUGGGUGUCCCUCCUUUUAUGGGGACUUACCCCGGCUUCAGCAUGCCUGGGGCACCAGGAGCUCCCAUGAUGCCUAUGGUGAGGCCGGGCUUCCCUGCGACCGGAGCAGCCCCCGGGGCACCGAUGUCUCCUGGAACAGCCCAGAGCCCCAGAAAGCCUCCACCACCAAGGAACGCUCUGGAUGACCUCAACAUUAAGGACUUCAUGUAGACUGACUGACCUGUAAACCCCCGAGGUUCAUCAUUGUGUCUGGAGCUCUGUGGAUGUGGAUGUCUGCACUUUCCCACUGCCUUCCCCUCAGUCAUGCCCUUCAGCCGACCAGCCAUUACAUCGACCAUCUCUGCCCUCUUUCACCCUGAAGAAAACCUGCCCUCCUUAUCUAAUGUUGUAGCACAACUGUGAAUGUGACCCUAGAUACAGAAACAUAACCCCGUUUAUGUGUGUGUGGGUGUGCGUGUAUAUCAGUGUUAACCUUUACUUAAUAUACUAUGGAAAACGAACAAAAAAAAUUAAUGUGUAUUUAGAUUCAUUCUGGAUUUCUGCGUAUCAGCUGAUCGAGAUGGUGGAUAUAUGUUGGUUUCUUUGCGCAUCUCCCAGACGAGGACUGUGUUGUUAAAUGUGGACUGUGUUCGGUGUGUGUAACUUCACUGGCCAAUCCCCCCACUCCCACUCCUCUGCCCUUGUUGUCCAAACUAAUACUGAGCUAUGUCAAUAUCAUUCAGACUUGGUUGUACCUUUAUCUGCUUGGCCAUCCAUCCUCCCACCUGUCUACUUCAACGACUCUGAAUCUAAACGUACCUGAGAACAACUUGCACUGCGAAUCUGGACUUAUCAAACUGUGUUCUGUUUAUUAUUUUCUUUAUGUUUUUUAGAGAUUGUAUGAAACAUGCAAAAAUUUGUGAACUCUGUUCAAAUUGACAUAUGCAUUUUAGACUAUUUUAAUGAUAGAUUAUACAUAUUUUCUUUAAUCUUUAUUUUGAGAGAAAAAUGUAUCAUAUAUUUUUAGUUACAUCUUUUUAAAAGGUAAGUAGUCUAAAAAAAAAACCCUCCCGCCUUCUUUGUACAUACAUGUCAAUCUGUAUCAGGCAUUAUUGGAUGGAAACUUUGCCCUGUUUACUAUUACACCAUGUGCUGGUGUGGAGUGAUACUGCAUCAUAGCAUGCAACACAAGUCAAAUCUGGGAUGCAUUUUAAUACUCACAGAGUUUAUUUCCUUGUCUUUAUGUCCACUUUAUGACUUAAUGUUUGAGUGGGAAUUUAAUGAGACAAGGAAGUGUUUGGCCUCAGUCCUCUUUGGGUCAUUUAAGUGGUUGGUACAUUUGAAUAUUGGAAGUCCUGAGGACUCUUACUGUAAAGCACCUGAGUAUACGCUGGAUGUUCUGUGUGUUGUUUAUUUCCAAAAGUGACUGUAUCUUAAUCCAUUGUGGCAUUAACAAAGUGUUGAACGAAAAUAAAGAUGACUAUGACACAUAAAAACAAAAAGAAUGUGGAUAAAUAUUGUUUGCUAAGUAUUCAUAUGAAGGCUGUGUUGUUUUCUUUGGGUUAUUAUGAAUGGCAUCGUACUCCCCUCCCUCAGCCCUCACCCCCACCUGCAUGUGAGUCCAAAUGAGAUGCAAUAAAAGACAAAUACACUGAC